UUUCGUUGCUUAGCUACCAGACAGGUGUUCAAACAAACAAAUUGUCGAUUAAGUUGGAUGUGUUCAAUGUGUACAUAAUAUUGAGUGGUAUAACAUUGUAAGCUAAAAUUGUGUCGUGAAAAUAAUUUCCUGAAAAUGUUAAACGCAAAAAAACGGCGUCGCAAGAAGAAAAAAACCGAAAAUUUCUUAAACGUGAGAAAAAAGUCGCAUACCCAACCUAUAGUAUCGAAAUUACCGAAAAAUAAACCAAAAUUAAAUGCAAACUAUAAGACAGAAGAGUUAGAAGUUCAGUCGGCAUUAUUGUCAAGGCAAAAAAAUGAUUCCGAUUUAGACGCCCAGACAAUUGAUAGGCAAAUUUCAUUUUUCGUGAACAACGUCGUCCUUACUCAGCCUGAAGACGCAGUUCCAAACAAUGGAUCCGAGCAGAGUUUGAGAACGAAUGAUAAUGGAUUGCAGCUAGCUUCAUCGUUUGUCCAAAUUGAAGAUGAAAGUCCAGUCGAAAAGUGUAAAAAAGGAAAAAUAUUUUUCGACGAUGACCAGUUGCUUUAUUAUCCAGAUGGACGGAGGAGUGAUGGGCCGAAAGACUAUCAGUGCUCCAGGGAUGAUGGACUUUUCGAACCAAUUAAACCAAGUCGAAGCAAAGGUAUGACAUUGUUACUUAAUCGAUUUAGUGAGGAAAAUUCGAAUGAUUGGGUCACGGAAACGGAUCAGCUUCCUGGUCUACAAAGUUUUGUACAAAGCACUCGAUUAGUUCGAUCAGUGGCAGAGAAAGAAUUUACCACCAUCUUGUACAACUCUCGUCCACAUUCUAUUAAAGGAAACCAGGCGCAUUCCGACUUGAACCGAGAAAAAAUUCUCAAAAUUCACAUACAUGAUGUCACGUUCCACUCACAUCCUUGUCUUAACAAAGAGCAGGUCUUGGCUAGAAAUAUUGAGAAUCGCUACAAACAGUACACAUUGAGACGGACAAUGGCAGUGGCGGAACGUUUACAGCAGAAAGUGAUUGCCUUAAGGAAACUUCAAAUGCUUGCGGCUGAUGAGAACGUGGACAAUAAACGAACCUACCGAAAUGAUAUCCGUGAUUUGCGAACCCAAUUGCAUCGUGAACAAAGGAUCGACAGAGACAUUUUAACGUCAAUACUGGAGCAAUGGAAAUUGUUGAAGAAGCUAAGAGCAGAUCAAGGCUUUGUUUCCACUUCAAUUAAAUUAACCAUUCGAACGGAUCCGGUGGACGAAUCAGUUGAUCGUGAAGUGUUUAGCAGAGACUUUGAAUUGGAAUUGAACGAAAUUUUCGAAGAAGCAAUGCAAGACUACUUGACUGAGAGAAAGCACCGUAAGACUGGCACGGACAACAGUGACGAUUUUGAAUUAAUUAAGAAAAUGGUGAAGCCAGACAUUGACGUCAUUCGGGAAAAACUGUUGGCUGAGUAUUCGAUGUGUAUGAGACCUCCUGGCGAACCGAUAAUUCGCGUGGAACUUCAUAAGACUGAGGAUUGCGUAGAGACGAAAAAAAUCAGGGACCACUUCUCGACCUCAAAAUUUUUGUUGGAAAUUGCGUUCGAUAAAACGAAAUUAAAUUCGGAACGAAACGUCCAGUCGAUUGCUGGCGAUCGAAUCAUUUUAGAUGCCAUUUAUUCAGUCAAGUUUCGAAACACUGUGCCUGCCAAUAUUCAGUUGACUAUUUACGAGGAAAAACUUUUGAGAACGCGGAAGAAAUGCGCCAAACUGAUUAUACCAGUACCCGAUGCCUACGACACAUUCAAAAACAGUGACCUAAACUUCCUGAGCUUUGAUUCCACGAAAAACCAAAUAUCCGGUCAAAUCGGAAUCAAAACCGGAUGGAGCUACUAUGACGAACCGGAAAAUCGCCAUUUCUUGCGAAAGAAUCGUCUGAUUGAACAAGCAACCAAUACGGUACAGACCUGGUAUGACAACCACAUGAUCGAUCCUCUCGAUCCGGACGCAAAAUCACUCAUAGAAAUAAUCCAUCAGCGAAAUGAUGUAAUUGCCGGCGAGGCAAGCAGUCCCGGCAAACAGUUCCGUUUGAACGAAAACGUAUUUCAAUUUUGCAAGCCAUCGGAACAAGAUUCACGUCGAUUGCACAUUCUAGCAUCGCGAUUCAACAAUCACCUGCGCUUCAAAGACGAGAAAUUCGUUCCUUCCGAGGACAGAGAAAUUUGUUACACUGACGACGAACACGAAGAAAAUAUCAUUGAAGAUUUGAAUUGGUUGUCGAUUGAUGUACAACGGCACAAAGGUAAAAAGCACCUGCUGGAAAUAUUUGAUGUCAUUAAGAAUCAUUGCGAAAUUAUUGACAAAAGUAUCAAUUUGAAUGAUCUGCUGGUCGGAGAUUAUUCACUGUCCUUUAGGUCGCUGGUUUCCUCUAUUAUUAGUAUGUUCGGCCCGAAGCGACCGUUAAAUCCGCUACGAAGGCAUGCCCCAUUAUCACGAGUCACUUUUAAGCCAAGUCAUGUCGAGAAUUUCAAGAUAAUAGUCAACGUGCUUCGGGCGUCAGGGAUACCACAUCGCCAAGCCGAACAAAUUUCUCCCACCAGAAGAUCCAGUAUAUUAUCAUCGUCACACAGUCAACGAAGUGGGGCAGUUCUGCCGUAUGUUGUUGUACAAUACAAAGGAAAAACUAUGAGAACGACUACUGCUGAAGGAUCGAAUCCAACAUGGAACGAACAGAUUGUAAUAUCAACGAGGUUAGUUGCUGUAACCGGCUCACAGAAUCGUAUGAAAGAGCACUUAUGCCUGCAAGUAUUUGACGAACAAGUCGAAGAGCUGUUUGACGAGGAUCGACUCAAAGCAAAUGAGAUUUACCAGAGACUGUCCAGUAAAUGGUUGGCAGAACUACGAAUUCCCAUCUACACCAUCUAUUCCAUGCAAAGAAUUGAAGGCAUAUUCGAGAUGACAACACCAAACAUUCUGUUAGGCUACUCUAAGCAGCCAGUCGUAUGGCCUGAUUCGUCGGUUGAACGUGUUCCACAAAUUCGGAAUUCGGUGUAUCUCACUAUUUCCGUCAGUCUUGAGCCAGUAUUUGAUCCCAUUGAACUGACCACAUCCAAUUUGGAAUGUACUGAGCUCGGCGAUGUGAAGAGCCGUGUACAAGAGUGGUACUAUCAGUUUAGAGAAGAAUUUCCGAAUCGUUGCCAAGACCCGUUCGUUAGUCUCUCGAAUGGUAAAAGGGUCUGCAUUACACGCUUGGUUGGCGCCAUCGACAUACCAUUUGAGCACAAUAACAUAGCCGAGUUCCUCAUCAGGCGGUUCGUGUCGAUGAUUCCCGUCCUGCAGAUUGGUGAUUUUUGUACGAAGCUCAAGGGAAUCUGGCUGACUAAUGACCAAAUCAUGACGAUACUCACGGCAUCUGCUAAAGAUCUGGGUGUAUUGUUAUGCUGUUACUAUUUAUCGCUGGGAUAUCGAGCCUAUCUCGUGCUGGGCAAUGCUUUUCCCAAUGGUGAUACGACAUUCGUUUUGAUCAAGGAAAACGGGGAAUUCAUUCUGGUCGAUCCGUUUACCGGUAAAAAGUACUCAGCGAAUGACAUCAAUUGCACGUUAACCAAAGUCUACUGCUUGAUCAGCAACGAGAAUGUCUGGGCGAAUAUCCAAAAAGAGAAUCGAGUUUACAUGACGAAUUUCGAGGUGAGAAGCACUGCAUUCUGGCGACCAUGCUUCAAUAAAUCGACCAAAGCACCGACUGAGCUAGUGCACGACAGAGAUUUUCCGUAUUCGAACAGUGACGACAUAACUGAACUGAUAAUUGCGAUCGAGCAGAAAAUUGUCAAGAAAAUCAAUUCAUGGCGAUCGAAUCGAAAAACCAUCUGGAAUCGGAGUUUGAGUGAGACGCUACGGGAAAUUCUUGUCAAUUUAGAAGAGGACGUCUGUUACGAAUACGAACACAAAUCGUACACGGAAAAGAUUAAUGCAAUAGCAUCGUCGUACAAGUUGAGCGGAUUUCCGUUAAACACACGCUACACCAAUUUGUCGGAUAUUGUUGCGCGAGUCAAGGCAACACAAAUUCAUUCAUUCACGGACAGCAGAGUUGAAUUUUCGCUUGCAGUUCACAUUCAACCGUAUCCCAAUAAUGUUCUGUCGGUAUGGAUAUUUAUACUGUCGUUGGUACCGAUGUUUUAAAGUAAUAAUAAAAAUUCAAAGAAGGUGGCGGCACCAGUCGCCGGACAUGUACCAGUAGAACACCAUAUUUAUCGUUCAUUCAUAAAAGACUAGACUAUGAACGUGAGAUUUUCAAAUUUGUAUAAAAAUACUUACCGUCUGGACGGGCAACAAAAAAAAUUAGUUUCUGGUCUAGGAGGCGCUCAUGGAAAACGAACAAAUUCUCUCAAUAAUUCGAUUUAAUUUUGUUAAUUUCGACGAUAAUU